UAUUCGCGUUGUGAAGCCUUCGGAGACAGAUGCGAUGGCUGUACCGCAGAACGCACGUGCCGCUCGCAAUUUUCCGUCUCGCGAAUAACAAUCAAAUAAAAUUAAUUAAUUACUUACUUGUAUUACAUGAAACUUGUUUCACUAUAUGCUAGUAUAUCAUAAUUGUGUAAUUUAAAUUGAGUUAAGAUUUUUGUUAGAGUGCGUUGUUUCGAAGAUUAUUUUUUUUUGUAGUAAUUGGUGAAAAUAAAGAAUGUGAGAAGAUUUUUAAUUUGUGUUGUGGUCUUCGGGAAAUUUAUACUGUUAACGGUCGGCAAAGAAUAUGCGGGUGAGGAUAAAACCAAGAAAUCCCCGUGUUAUGGUACAGUUAUAUAAAAUUAAUGAUACGCUCAAUACUUUCCGUUAGUCCAAGGUAAAAUGAGUAUGGGGACAAUGGAGGAAAACAGAUUCACCGUAUUGCCGGUGGAAAAUGAAAGUAAAAAGAAUGGUAUACACAUGGGCGCUGCUAUAAUAACUAGACCUUUAAGGUCAUCAGUAGAGACAGUAGAACGGGGAGAUCCGAACGCUCAACCUGACACAUGGCUUCACGAUGCUGGCUGGAGAAGAAAGAGGUCAUUGGCGCAGAUGACAAGGGAAGCGCUGCCACGCAUGGAAAAUUAUAGAAAUUCUAAGAGAGCUUUAAAAAGGCCAAGUCUUGGUGAACUUCACGGCGAUCAUCUGAUCACAGAAGAGGACGAAAAACAAACCCAAAGAGAUACAAAAUCACCCACACCCGCCGUCGGUAUCAAAUUAGGAUGGAUUCAAGGUGUGUUGAUACCAUGCCUCCUGAACAUAUGGGGUGUGAUGUUAUUCUUGAGAAUAUCGUGGGUGGUGUCACAAGCUGGGAUCGGCAUGUCUUUGGUCAUUAUAGCAAUAUCAGCUAUUGUUUGUGUCAUCACAACACUGUCGAUGAGUGCUAUAUGCACGAAUGGAGAAGUCAAAGGAGGAGGUAUAUACUACAUAAUAUCCAGAUCGCUAGGACCCGAAUUUGGGGCUUCAGUGGGAAUUAUAUUUGCUUUUGCAAACGCAGUAGCAGCUAGUAUGAAUACUAUUGGAUUUUGUGACUCACUAAACGAUCUUCUACGGAAUCAGGGUGUAAAGAUCAUAGACAAUGGAGUCAAUGACGUCAGAAUAGUUGGAGCUGUGGCUCUAGUCCUCAUGUGUAUCAUCUGCGCCGUGGGAAUGGAUUGGGAGAGUAAAGCCCAGAAUUUUCUGAUAGCAAUAAUCGUUGGGGCUAUGGUUGACUUCGUAGUUGGAACGAUAAUGGGUCCUAAAGAUAUUACGGAAGUGGCGCAAGGUUUUGUUGGUGUUAGCUCGUCAGCAUUUAUUGGGAAUUUCAAGCCGGACUUCCGAUACAGUGAAAACUUGGAUCAGAAUUUCUUCAGCGUGUUUGCAAUUUUCUUCCCAUCGGUGACUGGUAUACAAGCUGGGGCCAACAUCUCAGGGGAUCUAAAGGAUCCAGCAUCGGCGAUCCCUAAAGGAACAUUGCUAGCGUUACUGAUUUCUAUGGUGAGCUACGCAGCUAUGGUACUGAUUUCUGGGGCCGGUGCUCUGAGGGAUGCCAGCGGAAAUAUUACUGACGUCAUACACAUCAAUGGGACUGUUUUGGAUUAUAGCGCUUUGGCGAAUUGUGUGAACACUACCGAAGGAUGCACUUAUGGACUUCACAAUAGCUAUUCUGUAAUGCAGCUUAUGUCAGCUUGGGGUCCGUUUAUCUACGGCGGAUGCUGGGCGGCGACCCUCUCAACAGCUCUUACCAAUCUUCUGUCGGUACCGCGGCUUAUCCAGGCUCUUGGAGUGGACCGCAUCUACCCGGGCCUUAUCUUCUUCUCGAAACCCUACGGCAAACAUGGAGAGCCUUACCGUGGAUAUGUGUUGACAUUUUUUGUCUCUCUCGUAUUUUUACUUAUAGCUGAUCUAAACACAAUCGCGCCAUUGAUAUCCAACUUCUACCUGGCGUCAUACGCGUUGAUAAACUUCUGCACGUUCCACGCAGCGCUGGUGCGACCCCUUGGAUGGCGACCUACAUUCCGGUACUACAACGUGUGGGUGUCGUUAUUGGGCUUCCUCAUGUGCGUGGCAAUCAUGUUGCUCAUCAGCUGGGUGAUGUCUCUUGUCACUUUCGCAAUAUUCUUCACACUCUACCUCAUUGUCCACUACCGAAGACCUGAUGUCAAUUGGGGUAGUAGUACACAGGCUCAAAUGUACAAAACAGCGUUAUCAAGUGCCCACAAUUUGGCAAGAACCGGAGAACACGUCAAGAACUACUGGCCUCAGUUACUCGUGCUAGCUGGAAAGCCCCAGGAUAGACCCGCUUUGGUAGAUCUUGGAAAUCUUAUUACCAAGGCUGGCUCGCUAAUGAUCGUGGGUGACGUUCAACAGAAAAAGCUAACGUAUAAGGAGCGCUCCUACCGAUUGAGGUCGAGCGAUGAAUGGCUACGGGGUCGCAAAGUUCGCGCUUUUUGUGCCAACGUCAAUGGUUUUAGCUUCGAGAUUGGGGCUCGUGCUCUCAUGCAGUCCACUGGCGUGGGGAGACUGGCGCCGAACGUCCUCCUUAUGGGCUAUAAGGCUGAUUGGACUACUGCUCCUGCUAUUGAUUUGGAGUCGUACUUUAAUGUUUUACACACGGCAUUCGAGAACCGCUUAGCCGUGGCGAUAUUGCGUGUACCAGGCGGGCUGGACUACGGCACGGUCACGGAGGAGGCGCCGGCGAGCGGGCUCACCGGCACCUCCAGCACGGGCGAGCUGCGUGUGCGACGCGGACCGCACAUCAUGCACGCGGACUCCGACCUCGACAUACGCACGGACUCGCAGCCCUCGAGCAAGAACAAUCUUAACUUAUUGACUUUGACGACAUCACGCUCAUUCACGAUAUCAGAGAAAAGUGAUUUGAAAGAGAAAAAGAAGGAAAAGAAGGGACUGGAUAUACAUCGCCAUGUUAUCUACAAGUCGUCAUCAGGAAUCGAGCUUUCUAUGGAGCAACUAUCACAGAUGACCCUGUUUAAAAGGAAACAGGAAAGCGGAACUCUAGAUGUCUGGUGGUUGUACGACGACGGCGGGUUGACCAUCUUGCUGCCAUACAUCCUCUCGCAACGCAGCGCUUGGGCCAACUGCAAGCUGAGGAUCUUUGCACUCGCUAACAGACACCAUGAAAUGGAACUGGAAGAAAGAAAUAUGGCAAAUUUAUUAGCCAAGUUCCGUAUUGACUAUUCAUCAUUGACAAUGGUGCAAGAUAUAACGGAACCUCCGCAGCCUGAAACCAAAAAGUUGUUCGAAGAAACAAUUAAAAAAUUCACAGAGGAAACUAUGGGUGAAGAUUGUCUGAUAAGCAAAACUGAGUUAACGACUCUGUGUGAGAAGACAAAUCGUCAACUUCGUUUGCGAGAACUGUUGUUGGCAAACUCAAAGGAAGCACGCCUUGUUGUUAUGUCUCUACCGAUGCCUAGAAAGGGUUCGGUAUCAGCUCCACUGUACAUGUCCUGGCUCGAAAUGAUGAGCAGAGACCUCCCACCGAUGCUGUUCGUCAGAGGAAAUCACACCUCUGUACUUACAUUCUAUUCCUAGUUUAAUUUUGACGUAUUUUUUAUAUGUUAGUAUAGACUAUAGACAAUUGUACUUCAUACUAAAAUAUUACAUAUGGGAUAAUUAUUGGCAAUUAUGACGUAUUUUAGAUAAUUUAGGUAUUAAUAAUGUUUUGAGUAUAUUAUAUUAAAUUUUUUUUUCAUAAUAACGUAUUUUAAGCAGUAUUAAUUGUUAAAAACAGAAUUGAUAGAGGCAUAUUACAUAAUUAACUCUUAAAAGUGCUUAAAAUAAAUGAUUAGGUAAGUGAGCUAACAGUACAAGUAUACUUAUAAUUGAAUAACUUAGAACAAAGUUAAUGAAAUGCAUCUGUUAUAGAUAUAUUAUGUAGUUUUAACUUUAAACUUAUGCAUAUUAAAUAUCUAUUGAAUAUACUUAUUCACUUAAAACCAAAGGAUCGUUGUUGUUAUUAACUAGAGCAUAAUAAAAAUAAAUAUAAUGUAAAUUGUCAUUAAUAAGAAAUAUUUUAACUAGGUAUUGCUUCCAGUUUUUAAUUUAUAGACAAUUUUACUCGAAUAUUCACGAGGAAGUACAAUUCUUUGACAAAUAAAAAUCACAAUUUUAUAUUAUGUUUAAAAUAAAUAUAAUUUGAUUGUAACUAAUAGAUAUAUAUUUUAGGACAAGCGUAACAAUAAUUUGAAUUAUUUAUAUAAAUUAUGUUGACUCAUACAUUACAAUUAAGGAAAGACAUUACAUUUCGUAAAUAAAGAGUAUUUAUUUACCAA